AUGGUCCCCUUUCUUUCUUUCGUUAUCCCAUUUCUCCCCCUUGUAGCAAGUUUUGUGCACCCCGGCCUCCUCGUCUCCGAUAGCGAUAUCUCUCGCACCCAGAAAAAGAUCAAGGCCAACCAGGAUCCAUGGACUACCUCUUGGAAUACCCUGACCAGUCUCUCAUUCUCUGACGCCAGCUACAUUCCUUCCCCAGUCAGCGUUGUCUAUCGGGGUACCUGGGAUAGCCAUGCCGCGAACGCAGAGCUCCUCUGGCAUGACGUUGCGGCAGCAUUCAAUCUAGGCCUACGCUGGAAAAUAUCCCGAAACACAAGCUUCGCCGAUGCCGCUAGCAAUAUUCUACAUUCAUGGGCAACCACUCUCACUGCAAUCGACGGUGGCGACGACAAGUACCUCACAGCUGGCCUGCAGGGAUACGAACUCGCCAACGCAGCCGAACUCCUUCGCGACUACCAGCCCUUCGUGGACGAUGUUCUCCCUGCUGUUGUGGAAAUGGCCAAUACUAUCUUUAUCCCGAUGCACUACAGAUGGCUGAACCAUGAAGAGCCGUCCGAGCAUAAUGUUCUUCAUUUCUUCGCGAACUGGGAAUUGUGCAAUGUCGCUUCGGCGAUGGCUAUGGGGGUCCUAACCGAAAACCAAACAGUGUGGGAUUUCGCCGUGGAUUACUUCAAGUCCGGGGAUGGAACGGGCGCGAUCAACAAUGCUAUCGUCAACAUCGUUGAAGAGCCUGGUACAGGGGCUUUACUCGGCCAAGGCCAAGAAUCCGGUCGUGAUCAGGGCCAUUCAGCAUUAGACAUACAACUUCUCGGCGUGAUUGGGCAGCAGGCCUGGAACCAAGGAGAGGAUUUGUUUGCCUAUAAUGAUAGCCGGAUUCUCCGUGGGACGGAGUAUUUCGCGCGAUACAACCUUGGAAAUGACGUUCCCUUCGUCGACUACACGAAUGGCAUAGUGAGCCACACAGAGAUCAGUAGUGCCUCUCGUGGAGCCAUUAGACCUACCUGGGAGCUUCUCUACAGCCAUUAUGUCAUGACGAAGCGAGUAGACGCACCUUGGACCACCCUGUACCUCAACAACUCUCUUGAGUAUUACGGUGGCGCGGAGGGCGGUGCGGGUUCCUGGGGAGAAGGAUCUGGCCAUUACGAUGGUUUGGGCUGGGGAUCAUUGCUCUAUCACAUGGAUGAGUCUGAUGUGGUAGCUGCAGUCUCCUCCAAAUCUACUUUACCUACGGCGAGUUCUACACCAUGGGCGUCUACUACAUUGGGCUGGGCUCCUAGCGCAACGACCGCGACUUCUAGCGUAUCUAGCCAAAGUGCGCUUGUUUCGCAAUCAACCGCCACCAAUUUUGCUGCCGUAUCCACUGCUUCGGAUACCCCAUUAGGAAAGGUCGAUGCCAAGCAUCUCAAGUGGAGCUUCAAAACCCCAGCUUAUCGACUCAUCUCCGAUUCUCACGAAGUCUUUGCCUAUUUAGAGUCGAAUAUGACACACCCCGCAUCUACUCAGAGACGAUGCCUUUUCACGGUCGUCCCAUGUGAUCGGCUUGAGCCCGUGUGUUCCCAAUGCAGGAGAGCGGGCAAGCCAUGUGGCGGUUAUCGGGACGUGCCAUUUUUUAUGUUCCGUAACGAGAAUGAUAAGGCGGCUCGACGAAGUGCAGAAGCAAAAGCGAAGACCGAGGCCCGUCGAAAAUUGGAGGAUAGUGCAGCUCUAGAAUCCGAUAUAUCCACCCCCGGCUCGGGAGCCGAUCGUUCACCGUCAGAUGCACUAGUCUGCAGGAGCAGGGGCCAACUGAUUCCGACUCCGAGAAUUAUUGCCCCGCUAUCCAUCCCAUUGGAGGAUCAGGGGUUGAGGUUCUUUGUUAACCGUUUUGUGACACGGAUAGCAAACAGAACAGGUCGCUCUCUACAUGAAGGUAAUCUGCAGCCGUCUCCGCAUCUUGGAACAGUUGCUCUCGAUCAGUCGAGUCGAGAUGCUGUUGUCUCGGUUGGCCUUGCUGCCUUGUCCAAUGUCAAUAAUGACAGAGAAUUGCGAAUAUUGUCUCGAGAGAAACAUGCCAUGGUCAUCAAGGCCGUACGAGAAGUAGUGGAGAACCCCGCUCAGGCCAAUCCUGACAGAACGUUUCACUUGAUCGUAAUGCUGAGUCUAUACGAGAUGGUCAGCUGUGCCCCAAGCCAACUCGACUCUUGGAUAGUGCAUAUGGAUGGUGCGGCUGCCUUACUUAAACAAUCCACCUUUCGGCUAUCGCUCAAGAACUUGAACCACCGAGCCCACUUACAAUUCUACUUUGUUUCAAUUGUCAGAUAUUUCUCCAAGAGGGUUGUCUCCCCAGAUAUACUGAACUGGUCUCCUGAUCUCGUACCAUCUGCUCCACCAGAUAUCUUACCGGGCGUCGAUCUCGUUGACAUACUGGUAAGAUUUACGAAGUUCGAUGCAUAUGUGCAUCACCAAAAGCCCGACGCCAGAGCAGUAGUGGACUCAGCACUGUUAUUUGAAGAUGAACUCCGCGAGUGGGAAACCCACCUUCCAUUAGACUGGUCAUUUACUGUGAAAGAAUCCAAUACAUGCGAAUACACCUUCCGUGGCCAGUAUCAUGUCUACAAGGACAUGUGGGUUACAAGAAUUUUCAACCACUACCGCUGGGCACGACUACUGGUCAACGAGACCAUCUUAUCCCAGAUUUCGAAGAUGGCACGACCCACAGAAAAUGAUAAGAUUCAACGGCAGCGAGCAUUGCACACGAUUGCUUGCAUGGCAAUUGAGAUAUGCGCCGGAUCUGCAAGCCAGGAAGCUAUCUUCGCGCAAGGAGUUGCCGAAGACCCAUCACAUACACCCCUGUUGAAUGGUACCUUCAUGCUGCUUUUCCCAUUAGGAAUUGCUGGAGGCACCGCAGGUACCCCCGAUGAAGUUCACGAUUGGGUUGUUGAAGCCCUUGAGCGAAUAGGAUGUACCGUGGGGAUCCGGCGAGCUUUGGAAAUGAUACCUCAACUGAAGAAAUCAGUCGGGAAGUGGAAACUAGAACAGAAGCUGUGGAAUAGCAUAUAUGGGUAUAAAUAG